CGACCCUCUCUCUCAUCUGGGAAGACAGUGCGGCCUGAUCCGCGGCGCCGGCCGAAUCGCCGGCACCCCGUCCGCGUCCGCCGAGCGUUCGUUUCUCGACGCGAUGUGCCGGAAACGAUGAAUGAAAAUGUGCGCGACCUCAUUAUAUCAAAUGCGCAUCGCGGUGAGAGCAGCCCGCACGAUUUCCCGUUGAACCGCUCGCCCGUGGAAAUCGCAAUUAAAGCGCGAAGAUUUAACGAGCGCUAAAGUUACUCGAAGGGUGCGAAUCCUUUUUCUUUUUUCUUUUUUUUUUCGGUAACGCCGAAAAGGGGGAGGAAAGGUACAACUUGAUCAAUGUCGCCUGUUGGUGGUUGACCGGCGAGAGAAGCUGGGGUUCCAAGUUCGUUUGAAUCCAGGUACUUGGUGCCAUCAAAAUCCUCGAUAUCAAAAAUGGUGCUAAAUUGAACGGUGAAGCUUAUCAAACUAUUAUCAUGCGUGGCAAUCAAAAUAGAGUUUUAAUUCUCAUUGUCAUAGACUGACAUUAUUCCUAAAACUGAUAAAAUUUGCGCUCGGACCAACCGCACAUAAUCAUGGAUAUACGAAAAUUAGCAGUGACCUGUGCGAAACUGUUGCGAGACAAUUCAGUGCGAUUUAGACUAAAUCGUGCAGAAAAUAACGAAAUGUUUACAGGAAUGCUCAAAAAACGUGAUUUGAAAGUUGAGAAGGAUGAAUCACAUCCCAGAAGAAAAUAUCCACUAUUAUAUAUGUAUUAACUCUAUGAAUAAUUAUAUUUAAUAUACCUAUGUAUAAAAAAGAUCUCUAAUGAAUACAUAUGUUUAAGAACAAAAAAGAUAAAUUAAAAAUAAAGGAUAAAUCAAAAGAAAAAGAGAGAGAGAAAUAGAUUGAAGUACAUUUAUAGUAAAAAGUACGUGUAUAUAUAUAUAUAUUUGAGUCAUUUUUGAAGCAGAAGUGACAUACAGAAAUGGUGCUAAGCAAUAUUAUUUUUUUUCCGCUGACAAAAGAUUGCGGCAUCAUAAUUGUGUAUUCGCUAUUGUAUAAGAAAAUUGGAUCUUGGACCAGCGAAGUACGAAUCGAAUCGAAUCUUGGACCAGCGUAGAAGUACGAAAGUCACAAUCAUGCGUCUUGAAUGGAGAAGUAAUUUUGUUCAAGACAAUUUCGAAGAAUACUGAAAUAUUUUUUCAAUUUUCCAUAAUGCAACAAAAUAUCAGUUAUAAAUAAUAUCUAUAAUUAAUUUAAAACUCAACAAGUUUUGAGGAAUCCCGAUAUACGCAAUAUCCAAUAAUAUUUAAUAUAUCAAUCACAAUAUUACGUGAUUAAUUCGGAAUAUCAAUGUGUAUCGAGAUAAUUCAUAAGGAGGGAUAACCGUUGUAUUUGUGAUGAUAGAGAAAAAAGUAAUGCGCCCAAUAAUGCAGCCCUUUUUACCAUCGCGGACUUUCGAACACCAUAAAGUCCAGGAGGAUCACCCAAGAGAAGCCGUUUUCCGCGACGUAAACGGUGAGCUAACAUUGACGCAUUCACCAUGUUGCUCGUAAUGGCGACGAUGUCGACGGACCUGCCUCCAGUUGAGCCCACGUCUUCGUUGGUUUUCAUCAACAAUACCAUUAUCGCCUCGAGCACAACUGCGACCACAACGACAGCCGCAAAUGUAACGUCAUCAGCGGAAAAUCCGACGGUGGAAAAUCUACCGGAGAACGUGAACGUGCUGCUGGCGGUGAUCAAGGGUAUCAUUAUGGGCACCAUCAUCACCACGGCGGUUUUGGGCAACAUGCUCGUGAUCGCCAGCGUGCGGCGGCAUCGCAGAUUACGAGUGGUCACCAAUUGUUACGUCGUCAGCCUGGCGGCGGCCGAUCUUCUGGUAGCGAUGUGCGCCAUGACCUUCAACGCCUCGGUCGAGCUAUCCGGAGGGAAAUGGCUCUUCGGGCCGAUUAUGUGCAACUUGUGGAACUCGCUAGACGUGUACUUUAGCACCGCCAGUAUCCUCCAUCUUUGUUGUAUCAGUGUGGACAGGUACUAUGCCAUAGUGAGCCCGCUUGAGUACACAGUGAUAAUGAAGCAGAGUACUGUGGGAUGUAUGCUGGGUAGCGCUUGGCUUCUGCCGGCGCUGAUAAGCUUUAUUCCAAUCUUCAUGGGUUGGUACACGACAAAAGAGCACUUGGAGUACAUGGUGGAGCAUCCGGAGAGUUGCGAGUUUAUAGUGAAUUUACCAUACGCGGUCAUCAGUUCCUGCGUAUCCUUUUGGAUUCCAGGCCUGGUGAUGAUUAUUAUGUACUGCAGAAUUUACAAGGAAGCGAUUCGGCAACGAAAAGCGCUCAGUCGUACGUCCAGCAAUAUUGUUCUCAACAGCGUGCACCAUCAUCGGCACUCAUCCCGGCAUCAUCAUCAUCAGCAGAUGUUGCUGCAGGCCGCUGCCGAUACCGGUGAGCUAGCCCUUCACACAGCACACUUCGCGGUGCCCACGGAGCUCCACGCCGUUAACGGUACUUCGAUACGACAGCAAACGAAAAGUUGGCGGGCUGAACACAAAGCUGCGAGAACACUUGGUAUAAUUAUGGGGGCGUUUCUUCUUUGUUGGCUGCCGUUCUUCAUCUGGUAUCUGACGACGUCAUUAUGCGGCGAGGCCUGUUAUGUCCCGGACACGGUGGUAUCCGUGCUUUUCUGGAUAGGUUACUUCAACAGCGCCCUAAAUCCACUCAUCUAUGCGUAUUUCAACCGUGACUUCCGUGACGCCUUCAAGGAUACCCUAAAGAGCGCCUUGCCCUGCUGCGCCGGCUGCUGGAAGACACCCUCGCAAUUCGUGUAGUCUGACGCAACUCCGGAAAAUCCGCCCCCGAAAGGCGAGUUUAAAAUCCCUUUUUUUCUCGACGAGUUUCCAGCCAAAAAUGAAGCCGAUUCGUUUCAGCAAUUUUUGAACGCCAAUCGACGUUAUUCGCAAUUAACCCUUAUUGCGCGGAUAUAUUGAUUUCACCCGUCGCUUUUCCGUUAUUUGCAACGAUCAUUGGUGCGUACGAUCAUUACGUUGAUUGUCAAUCAUCAUGUAAUGCGCACUUUGUUAAAUUGCAUUCCUUCCAUAUGGCCAAUAUAUAUAUAACAAUUUCUGGUUUAAUAAAAUAUGUUACGUAGAUGUUAUUCCUUUUAUAUAAAAAGUUUUAAAUAAUUUAAUAAAUAAGAGAGAGAGAAGUAAAAUAUAUGCAACAAGGAUUUUUAAAUUUUCAAUCUAGAAGAAUAUUUUAAAAUAGUAUUUUUUUACUGUACAGAGAGAAUUUUCUCUUAAAAUUUAUCCUCAAAAUCUGAUAACUUUGGAAUAAUGUAUGACCCCGAAGAAUUUUACUAUAUUUUUAGUAAAUUUUACUAAAAAGUAUAAUGAAAUUCCUGGAGGUCACACAUUAUCUCAUAAUUAUCAGAUUUUGAGGGUAAAUUUUAAGAGAAAAUCCUCCCCG